AUGAAGGAAGAAACCCCCAGGGAAUCGCCUGAGGGCUCGCGGGCCGACGACCAGUCGAACUCGAAAUCCGGCGGCAAUUUAGCUUCCAAGGAUCGGAAUUGCCAGUAUUGCGGUCAACCAUUUACUUCGUCGUCCCUCGGCCGCCAUCUCGAUCAAUUUUUGUUCAAGAAGAAGCCGGACGGCAUUCACGAUGUCGAGGAGAUUCGUCGCAUCCGCAGUGGGAUCACACGUCGGCAGGCCCGCACGAAUUCCGCCAAACGUGACGAUAGCCCCGAUCGCGCCCAUAAAAAGGGCUCAGUCGACCCUUACACAGCUCCUGGAGAAUCUGCCUCGAAGGCGCGCGAACCCCCGCCGCGCAUGAUGUUCAACACCCCGACUUGGCAUGCAACUGGAGUCAUCAAUGAUAUCCCCAACCCAAGUCGCAUGCUGGAUGGGCCUCGCAUCAUGCCAGCUCAAUCGCGGGCAGGCUCCUUGCAGCUGCCGGAUUACGCGAGCCGAGGGGCCAAUGCCAACAACCCGGAUACGAUGAAGGCGCUCGAGCUGGCGUUGCACGAGGUGCUGGACAACAUUAAGGCUGCCACCUCGCGUUUCCGCCCUCGAUUAUCACCCUUCGACUUCGAUAUCCAAGCCCAGACCUUCCCCUCUCUAUGUCUCCAACUUCUCCCUCCUCCGCCGAGCUUGUUCGCCUCUCACCCAUUCUCCUCGCCAAAUUCGUUUCCACUACAAGCUCCUGGGGUGGAACAUCUUGACAUUAUCCGUCAAGCGCUUCGCUCUAAGAUUGCCCAGUGGAAGUCCGACCAGAUCGCGGGAGACCCAAGUGCACACUCGAAACACAUGGGUGCGAGUCCGGACCAUAACAUGAUAUACCGAACCGCACAACAACACGAAGAAAUAGGGCUGAGACAUCUGGAGCUAGCUUUCAAUCAUUGGAACUCCCUCCCCCACGAGACUCGUCGCGAAGCAUGGCAACUAGAGAUAACCCGCGCAUUUGCCCGCGAAUCCGAGCAACGCAAAUCUGUGGAUGAGCAGUUGGCCCGAGUCCAGCAAGAAGCAAACCAGCUGCGAGCUCAGGUCGAGCGACUAGGGUCAUGCCAGUGGCCGCGCGAGUUCGCCCUUUUCCCUCCUGACACCCUCCCACUUUCUCGGGAUGUUGCUAGAGAGUUAGAUGCGAAAGAGAGCCAGAUCAGUCCGGAUUCCACGCGAUGGGACUACGACCAUGUUGUCAGCAAGUGGAAGCGUGUUGUCAUGCACGAUAAGGGCAUGGGUCGAAUUGGAGUAGGCUAUGCUGGUGGUAGCGCGAUGGCCGAUCUAGAUAACAGCCAGCAAAGUCCUAAUGUACGGCCUCCCCGACCGGGCGAGGAUACUUCAACUCAUCCCAACCGCUUGCGACCUCUGCAGUCCGCUAUUGCUAUGAGCCCAGAUGCGGGCACCGCCUCUACGCCUGCCUCGUCGGCCAACUACGCUUCUCCAUAUUCGCAUGGCGAUCCCCGCAGCCCACCGGGUGGCGGCGUCGGAGCCCCGCAGGCUAAGCGUCCUCGUUUGAUGAAUGGGUCUGAUGGUCCAGCGGCGCCGUCUUCCGAUUCGGCUCCGUCCUCAGCCAGGCCAUCGGGUCCUUGGCCUUCUUCCUCCACUCCUAUUCUCUCUAAUUUGGCAGCGCCGUCGGGACAAACGCCUCCAUCGUCUUCUAGGUUAUGA